CGCAGCGCCCCCGCGUCAUCUGGGCAGCGCCAUCGCACGACACAAGCAUGAAUACGAUGCGUGCGGUCGCCACGCUGCUUCUUGUCAACUGCUGCGCGGCCCUCUCCCCUCACGCCAGCGUGCUCCGCCGCUGCGGCUCAGCCACACCGCCGAGUGCGGCCGAGGCGACGCGAGCUCUACGAGAGAUCGUGAACGCGCGCCAGGACGACUGGACACCGUUGCUCGACAGGCGCUGGCGGCCUGUGUUCUCGGUCAAACCAGACGCCGACGAGGGGCGCUUCCUGACCGUGAAAGCGGAGCAGGAGUUUCGAAGCGAUGGCUCGUUCACGAAUGCGAUUCGACUGCUUGGACUCAAGUUUGUGUUCGCCGGGACCUACGCUCUGCAAGGAAGUACGACGACCCUGGUCAUCGAGAGGCUCCGGCUCAAAAUUCUGGGCGUGCCUAUGCCAGCAAUCGACGUCCGGGAGGGCCGGGGCAUCCGCGGACUGAUCGAGCGCAUCCGCGGCCGGCGCAAGGACGGCAGCAAGCGGCCCAACGUUUAUAGUUGGUGCUACGCGGACGGCGACGUGUGCGUCGCGCGAGGCUCGAGCGGAUCGACUGCGGUGUGGGUGCGGGCGGACGGAUAGGGAA